GCGGCAGCAGCAGCAGCUGAGCCCGACUGGGCCGAGAGCGGUGAGCGACCGAAAACCAUGCCAACUGAAGGAAGCCAGUCUCCUGGUGGCCAGGGCCCAGAUGUGGCAUCUGCAGGUGGCCAGCAUCCAGAUGUGCCACCCGCUCUCCCAGCAGCUGGCCCAGAGUUUUCUCAAGGACAAGGAGCUCCUGCCGAUGGCUGGGCUGGCACUGACGUCACUGACAGCAGACCGUCCACCUCGAGGGUCCUCGUUCCCGCUGAGGUGCGGGGCGCUGCAAAGGGGCUGCAGAUUGACCGGCAGCAGAUCCAGGCGGUGGAGCGGAGUGCCCAGGUGAUGGAGCUGCAGAGCCUGGGAGUGGACAUCUAUGACCAGGAAGUGUUGGAGCAAGGAGUUUUACAACAAGUGGACAAAGCUAUCAAUGAAGCCAGCCAAGCAGCCAGGAGGGCAGAGGCAGAGAGGGAAUACCAUUCUGUGCUGGACGACCUGAGGUCCACCACAGCGUGUCUGAAGCACACCAACCAGAUCAUCGAACAGCUGACUCCCUAUGCUGCUACAAAUAAAGACAUCAACAGGAAGCUGGAGUCGGUGAAGAGACAGAGAGAAAACAAGGAGAAACAACUGAAGAAGAUCACGGCGAAACAGAAGCGGCUGCAGGCUGUGCUGACUGGUGCUGAUGUUCAGAAACUCGAAGCUGAGUUUGAACCUUGUGAAGAAGAAGCGGGUCCUUCAUCUUUAGGAAGCAUGUUGAUGCCUGUACAAGAAACGGAAUGGGAACAUUUGAUCCGUACGGGACAGAUGACACCUUUCGGCACUAAAAUAUCUCAGAAAGAAACAAAAAAGGAACCUCGAAGGGUUAUGCUCAACGAUGCUUCGGAUUUUGAGAAGUACCUUGUGGACCAGGCAAAGAUGGCAGCGACACGCAGGAAACCUUUCAUUAAAAGAAACAAGACAAAGGCACUGACUGUUACUAAUCAAGUUGAAGCUAAGACUUCAAACAGCAGUACUUCCAUUCCAAAACAUAGCCAUAAAAGAAAUGGCACCACGUCUAGAAUAGACCAAAAGCUGAAGAAGCAUUUGCAGAGGUUGCAGAGUAAAGCUGUGAAGACUAAAUUUAAGGCGGGGGUUCCAGUGAAGAGGAGCUUGUGUCAGGAGCCCAGGAUGGAGCAAGAGGACAAAGACACAGACAGCGAUACAUCUCUCUAUGUGCCUGAUGAGGAGCUCCUCGACCCAGAUCAGGUCGAUCUCGACAGCGAUGAGCUGUCGGGCUCCGAGAAGCUGAAGAAAGUAAAGAAGAAGAGGCAAAAAGCUCGGCGCACGGACGAAGAUUUCACUGCAAGCUCAGGAGAAGAUGAAACGAAACACAGACUGAAAAAACACAAGGAUGAUGGCAAUGUGGAGCUGUACCGGAAAAGAUUACGGAAAUGGAAUAGGAAACGGCUGUUAGAGAAGGAGCAGCGACGAGCAAGUGGAGAGGGUGCUGCAUCUGAUGAGAGUGAUGCAGAGUUUGAUGAGGGCUUCAAGGUGCCAGGCUUCCUUUGGAAAAAGCUUUACAAGUACCAACAGACAGGUGUGAGGUGGCUGUGGGAAUUGCACUGUCAGCAAGCAGGGGGGAUCCUGGGAGAUGAAAUGGGACUGGGCAAGACCAUUCAGAUAAUUGCCUUUUUGGCAAGCCUGAGCUACAGCAAGAUAAGGACACGCGGCUCAAAUUACAGGUACGAAGGUUUGGGGCCUGUAGUUAUUGUCUGCCCGGCAACAGUGUUACAUCAAUGGGUGAAGGAAUUCCAUACUUGGUGGCCACCAUUCAGAGUUGCAGUUCUUCAUGAAACAGGCUCUUUUACCAGCAGGAAGGAGAGGCUCAUUCAUGAAAUUGCAGAAUGCCAUGGUAUUCUGGUCACCUCUUAUUCCUACAUCCGGAUCAUGCAGGAGUCACUUGCACACUACCACUGGCAAUAUUUAAUUCUGGAUGAGGGGCACAAGAUCCGAAACCCAAAUGCUGCUGUUACUGUUGCGUGUAAACAGUUCCGGACUGCACACCGAAUUAUCCUGUCUGGUUCACCGAUGCAGAAUAACCUGAAGGAGCUCUGGUCCUUGUUUGACUUCAUUUUUCCAGGAAAACUAGGAACAUUGCAAGUCUUUAUGGAACAGUUUUCUGUCCCUAUUACAAUGGGAGGUUAUCAGAAUGCUUCCCCUGUUCAGGUACAAACCGCCUACAAAUGUGCUUGUGUUUUACGGGACACUAUAUGCCCAUACUUGCUACGAAGAAUAAAAGAUGAUGUAAAAAUUAAUCUGGCAUUACCAGAUAAGAGUGAACAGGUACUGUUCUGUCGCCUAACAGAAGAGCAACGUGAAGUCUAUCAAGGUUUUAUAGAUUCCAAGGAGGUCUAUCAGAUUCUCAAUGGGGAAAUGCAGGUAUUCUCAGGCCUGAUAUCUCUCAGGAAGAUCUGCAAUCACCCAGAUCUCUUUUCAGGUGGCCCCAAGAUCCUGAAGGGUGUGCCUGAUGAACAGCUGACUGAAGAAGAGCAUUUUGGAUAUUGGAAGCGUUCUGGCAAAAUGAUCGUGGUCGAUGCCUUACUGAAGCUUUGGCACAAACAGGGCCAUCGAGUGUUGCUCUUUUCACAGUCACGGCAGCUGUUGAACAUCAUGGAGCUAUUUAUACGAAAUCUGGGCUAUUCAUAUCUUAAAAUGGAUGGAUCAACAACCAUAGCUUCCAGACAGCCACUCAUUACUAAAUUCAAUGAGAAUUCUUCCAUAUUUGUCUUCCUUCUCACCACUCGCGUUGGUGGUUUGGGAGUUAACCUGACUGGAGCAAACCGAGUUAUUAUCUAUGACCCUGACUGGAACCCAAGUACUGACACACAGGCCCGAGAACGAGCCUGGAGAAUAGGCCAAAAGAAACAAGUUACCGUUUACAGAUUAUUGACUGCAGGCUCGAUUGAAGAAAAGAUCUAUCACAGGCAGAUUUUCAAGCAGUUCCUGUGUAAUCGAGUACUGAAGGAUCCGAAGCAGAGGCGUUUUUUCAAAUCUAAUGAUCUUACCGAGCUUUUCACAUUAAGCAGUCCAGAUGGUUCUCAGGGAACAGAAACAAGUGCGAUUUUUGCAGGUACGGGGUCAGAUGUUCAAGUGCCAAUCACACUCAAAAAGAAAACUGGAAGAGUUUCUGCUUCUUCACAGAAACGGAAAUCCAUUCCAUCAGACCAAGACGACAUCAAGCGUCUUAUGUUGCGAUGGCAUUCGUCUUUCCAACGUGUUGCCCAGAAAAAACAUGUAGACAAGAUUUCUGAUGGUUCACAAAAUCAAGUGGGACUCAGCAAUAAUUGUGAGAGCUUUGAAACGUUGCCUCGGGUCAAACUGGACAUGAAAGGUGCUGAAUGUACAUCUAAUUUAAGUACAGAAUAUCAUGGCUUGUAUAACAGAAAUGAACCCACUAAUCCACUGCACAACAGCAAAGUUAAUAGUACAGAAGGUGAAAGCUUGACCCAACUAUCUGAUGACCAAGAUCCAGGGCAAUCUGUAUCAGACGAGGAGAGGAAAACCAGGCAACUACUUUCAGCAACAUUGCAUAAUAGAGCAGAGGCUGACAAAAGCUGUGGACGGCUUCAUAAGCACCAGUCGAAAACGAAACAUCAGCUGUCAGGAGGUGACCAGGAUGGCGUUCUUUCAGACAGUGGGCGUAAAGCUAAGCACAAGCACAGAAACCACAAGCAACACAGAGAUGCACAUUGCGAAGGUGCCAUCAUCCCACACUUGGUAAAGCGGCAGAAAAUUAAAAAGACGGACUCUGUAGAACAAAAUGAGAAGGGAGGCCGCAGGCAGACUGAUGAUUAUGUGUUGGAAAAACUCUUCAAAAAGUCAGGAAUCCACAGUGUGAUGAAACAUGAUGUUAUUAUGGAGUCAUCCAACCCUGAUUAUGUGCUGGUGGAAGCAGAGGCUAAUCGUGUGGCUCAGGAGGCUUUGAAAGCACUGAAGGCAUCAAGACAACGUUGUCUGGCUGUCUCCUCUGGUGUUACAUCCAGGAUCAGCAACAGUCAGUCACCAGGACCAGUCGCUGGGCCAAAGUUGAGGUUUGGCCUGAAGAAAAACCCAUUGAUCCCACCCAGUAAUCCUGCUUCCAAAUCUAUACCAGAAAAAUGCAAGGAUGCUGCUAUACCAGAAAAGGAGCAGUUAGCCAGACCUCAUUUCAGUGGCGUUGGAACAGAGGAGGAGGCCAGUCGCACGCUUCCAUCCUCGACUUCAUUGCUGGCCAAAAUGCGUGCCAGGAACCACCUGACGCUGUCGCAAGUACUGGAGACUGACGAGAGUUGUGGGCCGGGCCCAGUGCCUCCCUCCGUGCCAACCGAACACGAUGAUCUGUUGGUAGAAAUGAGGAACUUCAUUGCAUUCCAGGCCGGUAGUGAUGGCCAGGCCACCACCACAGAGUUGUUGCAGGAGUUCCAGUCCAAGUUAUCGUCGGCACAGACGGUUGUCUUCCGAGAACUACUCCGGAACUUGUGCACUUUCCACAGAAGCACCUCUGGAGACGGAGUCUGGAAACUCAAACCAGACUUCCGCUGAACAUUCCUGCUGAUCCCAUUGUGGAAUGUCCCGGAGAAGAUCUGGCAACGGUUGAUUUAAUUGCUGCUUAGUAAAGUAAUUAUUUUAUAAAUAAAGAUUAAAUUAUCCAUGACAAAUUUUGUAAAAGUCAACAACCAUUCGUUCAGGUACAUCUGUCCUGAACAGCUUCAUUAAACUGUCCAUUUUAGUCAGUGGCCUAGACUUAAAAUAAAGAUCUUUAUAUUGAGCUUUGAUAUUUAAUAUUGAGAAAAUGUUGCUACCUACCUCAGGGGAAAACUGCAUACUUAGAAGUUAAAUAUGUGACAAGUUUCAAUUCAUUAUGAUUAUUACUAUGUAGCAGUAGUUAUCAUUGGAUCACCUGCUAUCUUUAGUCAGUUUGAUAAUCUGAGUGUGUUUAAAUUGGCCUUUUGUAAUAAUUCUAAUAGCAUGGAUAAUAUUAUUCCAAAUAAUAAUGAAGUACUAGAAUAAUAUUAUCAUAAGUAAUAAUUAAGAACUGGAAUAAUGUUAUCCCAAGUAAUAAUACAAACUGGAUAGUGGGAAGGAUGGAUGUUAGAUCUCCAUUUGAUCAGCUUUGUGAAUUUAUAGAUUCUCAAGUUACAAAGUUUGCUUAUUUAGGAUGCCAGAAACUUGAGUGAUAGUAAAACGAGGUUUGGUUUUGAAGAUGGAGAGAAGCAUGUAUUGAGUGUUGUGCCGUGGUCUCCUCACUGCUGAUCAUUUGUCCUGGUGCUAGAGCUUGGUGUGGCUCAUUUUCCUUCCUUGGUCAAAUAGGCAGUGGUUGCCCCUUUCAUCUUAUCAAUACCAUUCUAUUUAUAAAUCUCAGUUACAACAAGUGGAACUUGAAUUUAUGGAGUAUGUUAUCACGACAGAAUAUUUGAAGUUUACAGCCAGUGAAUCGCUUUCUAAUAUGUGCUCACUAUAUAUGUGUGCAUGCAUAUUACGUAUGCACAAGUCCAGCGACAAUAGGUCAUUCGGCCCUUCGAGCCAGCAACCUCCAUUCAAUGUGAUCAUGGCUGAUCUUCCACAAUCAGUACCCCGUUCCUGCCUUCUCCCCGUAUCCUUUUGUUUUUGGAUUGUUGGCUAAACUUCCUGUAUGUUUACGCAAGGUGUCAUUGGACAUUUUAUACUAACUUGAAGAGACUUGAAAAUAAGCAACAUUAUGGAAUUGGGUCAGGCAGCAUCUAUGAGGAGAGAGAAAAUCCAAGACCAAAGUCAUUAGAACCAGAUACAGCUCAGCAUAGAGCUUGUGGUACGGAGGAAACAAAGGGAAUGUCAAUGAUAAGAUGAAGAGCAAGACGGGCUGGCAGGGAGCAGAUAGGGGCAGUAUGUCAAUUGCAGAUUACAUGUUUUUCCUCUACUUGCUAAAUGUUUGUAAGGUGUCCUUGAGACUCUUGAAAGGCGCCCAUAACUAAAAUUUAUUAUUAUUAUU